AUGGCCAUCAAUCUUAAUCUCACCACAACUUGUUCUCUUCCUUCAAACCCUUCCUUUCUCUCACACAAACACAACAUCAAAUUCAUUCACCCUUCUUCUUCUUUAAUAAACAACAAGAUAUGUGCUCAAUCACAAGGAACUGACGCUGGUGUUUCUGAGGACGAUUCUUCUCUCGGAUCUUUAUCUUCUUCUCGUGCACAGCUGGAUCUUUUGGAGCAAUUUACAUCUACAACCUCAUCAAUCAAUGGUAAUGAAAUCGAUGGCAGCACUCGGAGACUUUCAAUUCGCGACCAGCUUGCACAGUUGGUUGGAGAUAGGGACGAUGAUUUCACCAUUCCGUUAGGUAAGAACUUGAAGAAAGUGAGUGCGAAAUUCUUAACAACUUCACAAAGGAGAAAUAUCAAGAGACAAACUUAUCUAAAUGAAGUUUCUCAGAGAAACGAUUCAACUGUUUUUGCAACUAUAGGAGCUUUUGUGAUUCUUCCACCUCUUAUAAUACUAGGAAUAGCUAUAGCAACUGGUUAUGUACAGCUUUUACCUUAA